UGCGCCCCGGCGCGCCGCCGUCUGUGCGCGCUCUGGGCGGCCGCGCUGCUCCUGCUCGGACUGCAGCGCCUGUCGGUGCGAGCGGAUGGGAAGCUCUUUGUGCUGGAGUCUCAAAACGGCUCUCAAGGCCUGGACCUGGAGGCAGCUCGGCUCUCCUGUAAGAGCAGGGGCGCCCACCUGGUGUCUGCGGACGAGCUGCACAGGGUGGUCCAGGACUGUGCCUUAGCAGUGUGCACCACAGGCUGGCUGGCAGAUGGCACCCUCGGGACAACUGUGUGUAGCAAAGGGAGUGAUGAACAGCAGAUCACGAGAGCUGUUGGUGUGCGAAUUGAGAGCAGCCCCGCUCCUGGAGGCAUGUACAGUGCUCUGUGUAUUAAGGACGAAGAGAAGCCAUGCGGAGACCCGCCUGCGUUCCCACACACCAUCCUGCAGGGCCGUACUGGCCUGGAUAUGGGGGACGAGCUGCUGUAUGUGUGUGCCCUGGGGUCUGUCGCGGGCCACCGAGAAACAGCCUUCACCUUGCUGUGUAACAGCUGUGGCGAGUGGUAUGGCCUGGUGCAGGCCUGCGGGAAAGAUGAGGCGGAGGCCCAUAUUGACUAUGAGGAUAAUUUCCCUGAUGACAGGUCUGUGUCAUUCAGAGAGCUCAUGGAAGAUUCCCAUUCAGAAGCAGAAGAGGACAAAGAUCAGAGAGAAGCCUCUGAAGAGGCACCGAAACAAGAUCGUCUGGUCUCCAUUUCAGCGAGGAAAGAAAAUAUUGCCCGGCAGAAAGCUUUUGUUCUAAACACAGGCUUGCCUGGCUCAAGGAGUAGUGUCCCCACAGACUUGCCUAAAUCUCAGCUAAACCAAAAGUACUCAUUCUGGUUUCCUGCUGAGACUUUCCACAAGCCUGGCUUAGAAAAGGAUGUCUACGAUGAUACCAAAAAGCGGUUUCCUGCUGGAGACAACCACAGUACAGUGAAACUGGUCCCGGGUGAACCUGACACCAGGGUGACCUACGGAAGCACUGAUGGUCCCUUGGGCUCCUCUGUGGACAGGAAUGACAGCAAAGCAGGGGACCCAGGAGUGAGUAGCAGUGAUGAAUCCUGGUUAGAUGGCUACCCUGUGACAGACGGGGCUUGGAGGAAGGGAGAAGCGGGAGAGGAGGAUGAGGACAGGGGGCCUGGAUUGGUUGGACUGGAUGAAAGUGUUCUGGCAACUCCAGACCAGCCAGCUGUCGUGGAAGUUGAAAUGCCCAGAAGUACCACCCUCUCACCAAGCAGCAAUAUGGCCCCCAGUUCAGCUCUUCCCUCUGAAAUGCUAGAUGUGGAGGCUUUUGCUUUUGGACCCAUGAAUGUGUCUAAGACCAAAGGUCCCCAGGACAAGGACGAUGCCUUGACCAAGUACCAGUCAACUGUACCCUGGAGAUUCACAACAGAGAAGUCUCCCAUGACCUCUCUACCCUAUGAAUUCAUCAGCUCUACCUUGGAGACCAAAACAACUACUGUCCAGCAGGUGCCUGGCAACAUCCUGUCCACCAGCAUGGCACCCACCAAGCUUCCAGUGGAAACCACUGCUCCUGAGGUCAAGGACAGCUUCCCAUACCUGCUGUCUGAGGACUUCUUGGGACAGGAGGACCCUGGGCCAGUUGCGAGUGAGGAGCCCCUUUCAACCUUGGAGCCGUGUGUGGGGGAUGAGUGUCCCAGCCUCAGCAGAGGCCCUGUGAUCGCCACCAUUGUCACCGUCCUAUGCCUGCUGCUGGUCUUGGCAAGCGUGGGGGCUGUGUUGGGUUACCGCCGGUGCCAGCACAAGAGUUCUGUGUACAAGCUGAAUAUGGGCCAGCGGCAAGCCCGACACUACCACCAGCAGAUUGAGAUGGAGAAGGUCUAGUCCCUGUCACAAUGGGCUCUCUCAAAGCCACUGGAAGGGACAUUAACUGUGAUGCAUCACACUGACAAACACUGAUAACUCGCAAGAGCACAGGUGGAGCAGGGAUGGUCUGUUUCUCCUCAGGUUUGUGUUCUGUAUACUGAAAAGCAGCUCUGGAAGCACCCAACACAUGUGUCAAUAUCUUCUACCUGUCUGCCCUGGAACUGAUUGCACUAACCCCAGACCUGUGCUUGGGUCCUAACUCCAAUAUAAGGUCCAGCUUCCUUUGUCAAGAUAAUGCCUUUUUUUUUCCUUUUUUAAGAAAAAAAAAAAAAAAUCACUGACUCUGACUCCAUGCCCUGAAAUGUUUGAAAUAGGUUUGAUAAACUGAGUAUUUGAAAGCAAUGUUGUUGAGAACAUAAAUGUUACUUGUGGGAGUGGGACACAGAAGAAUGAUGGGUUAUUUGCUUUUAAAAUUAUGAUGUCCCUAAGAGCAAGUGAACCAGGAGCCAGAAGGCUGUCCACAAACUUGGAGAGUCUGUAUAACUGGUAAAACUGACAUUUUGCUCUGGGGAGCUGAGUAGUGAAGAUACACACCCACCUCCUCUCCCUCCAUUCUGUGGGACAGCCAGCAUUUUUUAAAGACAAGGUGAGCUUUGUAGCAGGAAGGACCAUUUCCUAUAGUGGUCUUUGACUCGUCUGUGCCCAAAACUGACUUGAAAUUUCUGCCAGGACUAACAAAAUUCAGUCCUUAGGUUCCUCUCUCUGAAUUAACCAUUUUGUCGAACUCUAGUAAAACAGAAUGAUUUGGGGAAAAAUGUUUGAAGAAAUCCCAAGACUAGAGUGUCUUGAUAGAGGAGAGGAAUUAAAAGGGAACGCGAAAUGACCUGUCAAUCUAGUUUUUACUUAUGGGGACGAGUCCAGCCCCGCCUUUGAGCAGUCCACUUCCCAGCACCUAGAUCCUUUCAAGGUGGCUCAGAAUCACUCAUGACAGUGGUUCUCAAAGAGCAGUCUCCGGACCACCUACAUCAGCAUCAUCUCCCAACUGGGAGCUAGUUAAAGAGUCAAAUUCUCCAGGCCUACCCCAGACUCAGGAAACAGCACACCUGGGGUGGGGCCCAAUGCUCUUAAAUUGGAGAGCCUUUGUUUUAUACCCUACAUUGUGAACUUUGAGGCCAGUGGAAGCACUGGAAGCAUUGGACAGGUGACACCCAUGGUCUGUCCUGCAUGAAAGUCAGGCUCUGCCACAUGCAUCUAGAGCACUGUUGAAGCUGCCAAAAUGCCACAUCCAGCAGACUCUUGUGUCAACCCAGAAACUAAACAUGACAUAUUUUUCUGAUAUGAAUCAGACAUUAUUUUCUUAUCAAAUAGUUUUCGGUGCUAAAAUUGAUAAAGACAAUGUAUUUCUUCUGAGACACCAGUGUUUUGUGUGGAAUGAGAGAAAUCUGCAUUUUUUAACAAUAUAUAUAAUUGGAAAAUUGGUGAUGUUCUACAAUAAGAAGAAAGGAAUUCCUGCAGCAUGUUUUCUGCCCCGACACCUCUUUGUAGUGCAAGCUUUGGAAAAUGAAUAGGCUAAGUAGCUUGAAGAUAGUACAGCAUAGUCAAAGAUCUUAAUUCCCAUAACUGGGCGAUACAAAGGCCUGCAGCUACCAACUGGAACACCUAUGCAUCGGAUGAGAUCCAGAGCAGUAGGAAUGAAAUGUUUUCUGCAUGUACCAAAGCUUCAGAACAGAACAGAAUAAGAGCCAGACACUGUAAAUAUUUUUAAAUUAGAUUUGAAUCUAUGACAAC